UACUGCAGCUCAUUAUCUGCAGGUUUCCGAGGAGGUUUCUUCAUGCUUGUCCGCUCCCGAAUCAACCUGCGCAUUCGGCGGCUGCUCUUUUCUUCUCUGCUACACCAGGACCUCAGCUUCUUCCAGGAGACCAAGACAGGGGAGUUAAAUUCACGCCUGUCUUCAGACACCAACUUGAUGAGCCGUUGGCUUCCUCUCAAUGCCAAUGUAUUCCUGCGGAGCCUGGUGAAGGUUAUGGGAUUGUAUGGCUUCAUGUUCAGUCUCUCACCUCAACUCACCCUCCUCUCCCUGCUUGAAGUGCCCCUUUCAAUGGCUGUUGAGAAGGUCUACAAUGCCCGACAUCAGACAGUGCUCCAGCAGAUCCAGGAUGCUGUAGCAAAGGCUGGACAGGUGGUGAGGGAGGCUGUGGGAAGCCUGAAAACCGUGAGGAGUUUUGGAGCAGAGGAGGAUGAGGCACGCUAUGAGGAGGCCUUGGAGCACAAGCGUCAGCUGGAGUGGCGCCGGGACUGGGAGAGAGCAGCAUACCUGCUCUUCUGUCGGGUCCUUCAACUGGGGAUGCAAGUGUUAAUGCUGAAUUGUGGGCUAAGGCAGAUCUUGUCUGGAGAGCUCAGGGGAGGUCUUGUGUCCUUUUUGCUCUAUCAGGGGGAUGUGGGGAGAUAUGUACAGACUCUAGUGUACAUCUGUGGGGACAUGGUGAGCAAUGUGGGUGCUGCAGAGAAAGUUUUCUGCUACCUGGACCGUGAGCCACAGAUGCCUCUUCCUGGGAUACUGGCUCCUCCUUCCCUCCGUGGCUGCGUGGAAUUCAAAGAUGUCUUCUUUGCCUAUCCCAUCCAGCCAACCAAACCUGUGCUCAAGGGAGUGACAUUCACCUUGUACCCCGGGAAAGUGACUGCCCUGGUGGGGCCCAAUGGGGCUGGGAAGAGCUCAGUGGCUGCACUGCUGCAGAAUCUGUAUCAGCCCACAAGGGGUCAACUGCUGCUGGAUGGGGAGCCCCUGCCCCAGUAUGAGCACAAGUACCUGCACUCACAGGUGUCUGUGAUUGGGCAGGAGCCUGUGCUGUUCUCAGGGUCUGUAAGGGACAACAUUGCUUAUGGGUUGGAGAGCUGCAAGGAUGAUGAAGUGAUGGCUGCUGCCCGGGCAGCUGGUGCUGAUGGAUUCAUUGCCAGUAUGGAGCAUGGCCUGGACACAGCUGUGGGGGAGAAGGGGAGCCAGUUGUCUGCAGGACAGAAGCAGUGUCUGGCCAUUGCUCGGGCCCUGGUGCGGAAUCCCCGAGUCCUCAUUCUAGACGAGGCCACCAGCGCACUGGACACGGAGUGUGAGCAGGCGGUAAGGGCCAGGGGCUGGGGAAGAGCCACAACUCUUGAGGCCAGGCCAAAGAAAGCGCUUCCAAACAGCUAUCAGAUCUUCCAGUCAAUGGCUGGGGCAGAAGCAAGGAGAAAGCAGGGAGCAGGGAGCCCGGAGAAUGCCAGGGCAGGAGGGAUGAAGUUGAGAGGAGGGGUGCAAAGCCUUGGAGUGGACAGGUUCAACGGGGGUCAGAAAGGAAGGGAGAAAGAGGAAAAGAGCAACAGUAGCAAGAAGCAGGAGUUCACCAUGGCUCAGGGUAGUCACCUAUUUGGCAAUGUGGAUUCAUGCUCCUCCUGCAGGUGGUGUCAUUGUGUCAAGACACCAGGUGCCAGCCUUAAAUGUAGAUGCACUGAGAGCAGGACAUAUGACAUUGGAAAAAUGCUGGGUCGAUACUUUGAGCCCGUGCUCCACCAGACUCACAGAGAAAUGAAAAUCUGUGCCCUUGGGUAA